CUUCGACACCAUUCGCAGUAGCUUGCUGAUGGGGAUCGCCCGAACCAGCGUAAUUGAUUUCUGUCUGUAGCUGUGCUGGCCCAGGGCAAAAUCAACGAGCCGUUCCCCGGCCCGUUCUGUCUCUCCCCCGUCGCGCACCCCAGCCGUCCGCGAUGGCACGCAGCAGCAGCCCCCUCGUCGCGGUCGUGCUGUGCACGGCGCUGCUGUGGGCGGGCAGCCACACUUUCGUGCCGCAGCCGGCGCAGCGCUCGGCGGUCGCUGCAGGGGGUGCCGUGGUCGGGCUGGGCCUGUCCCAGCUGCCGGCGCUCGCUGUGGAGGGCCAGGACGCCAUCGGCGGGAGCAGCGUCGCCCUGGCCGGCGGAGAGGAGGCCCUGUUCUACGUCGGCAUCAUCUUCAUCACCCUCAUCACCCUGGUCCUGGCCGUGGUGCUGCGUGAGCCGCCGCGCGUGUGAUGUGCCCACUGCUCGUCGGCUAUCCCGGUCGCGCCCUUCCUGCGUGUCCUGUCGUCCUCCUGCUCUUCCCUCCCCCCCGUAACCUUUCACGAGGAUGCCUCCUCUCUCCUUCUAGACCCUCGCCGAAAGGAUCAUCUGACCUGCCGCGCGUAGCGUCAGCGCCCACUCUUGGCCUGGCCAGUUUUUUAUUCAUCCGUCAUACUCGACGUUUCAAGGGGUGGCGCACGAAAACCGCCUACAGGCGUUGUUGUUCACUGAUCUCCUGCCCUCGCCAUCUCUGCCCCUUCUUCUCUGCUCACCGUACGCCUCCCUUCUGCU